CUGAAAACCACAAUGGUCAGUAGGCCGCAGAAUAGGAGCUUUGGCGUGGGCGAGUCCAUGAAACAGAAUCCAUUGGACUCAGACCGUGUUCGAACAGCUAUGAUUCAGUGGCCAAAGCCUCCAGGAGAGGAGCUGUUUGCCCAUCAGAAGUGCGGAGGAUCCGUUUGUGCAUGUUUGCAAAUUGUUUUGCUUAUGUACCCGGUACCCAGAUCGUGCAGCAUCCAACGAUUGAUGCUGAAAAGAAAGCCAGCGUGGUUAAAUGCGUGACUCUUGCAACGACACCUAGGAGGAUGCGGCAGAUGCCAGACAAAGUUUUUUGUUGCGUUUGCGCCGGCCGUUUCAGAAGGUGCCCUGAGCAAUUUCGAGAACACGCGAAUGCGGCUGAUCCAACCUGACGAUCAGACAGACUGUUACUUGCACUUGGUUGUACCCAACUUGAUCAUCCAUGAGAUUGACCAUCAUAGCCCUUUGCACCCGGAGGCAAAGCAGAUGCUUGAUCCAGGAGGUCCAUCCUGCUCCGAAAAAGGAAGGCCGCUUACCAGGAACAGCAUUGAGGAGCACCUUGACAGACAUAACAUAGAGAUCGUGGUUUUGGUGGAGGGCUUUGAGCCAAUCACAGCGGCCUGCACACAGGGACGUCACUCAUACCUUCAUUCAGCCGAGGAUGUGGUGUUUAAUUGCUCCUUUGCUCCCUGUGUUUUUCGCAAAGACGAUGGGAGCUUAAUUGUGGACUUCAAGCGUUUUCAGGAGUUGGUCCCUGCACCACCAAGACCAAGGUCAACUUACGGCCCAUGGUGGCAUUGCAGGACGCAGGGAAGUCUAUGCUUAACAUUGUGAUUGCCAUGGGCAUCAAGGUGGGUAAUGUCAUGACCACAAAGAAUUUGAGAACAAGAUUUGGGUUUGCAUACAUGUAGAAGCUGAUGGAUUGCCAGAUCCAACCCUGAAGACUACCAUCCGUGUGAAACCAGAGGACAUUAAGUCCAACAUCUGAUUCCUGCAAUACUGCCAAAGGAUGAUGCCCAGCAGCUCUUUGCAGGUGUGAGCGCUGAGUAGCUGUGAUCAUAACAUUGUUUGAUGCAGGAUAGUAUGCUCUCCUAGGCUCUUAGACUUUUAGGUAUCCGGUGCUAAGGGCGCCGAGCAUUCUUGUUGGAGACGGACUUGACUUGACUCCAGGAAGGCUAGCUUCCAGCUUUCCUUGGGGGGCGGCCACCCAAAA